UAGGGUUUACUUGCCGCGGCGCCCUCAUGAUGGCUUACAGAAUGCAGUUGCUUCAUCGGAGACAGCGAAAGAGCAGACUGCCGGUCUCAUCCUCAACAACAGAGUGACUGGUAAACAAAACAAUACACCUGUAGGUAGAAGCCGCGGCGAAAGCACCAUUGGCCUCCUCGAUGUCUUCAUCAAGGCCGUAUAGCCUGUACAGCAACUUGACAAAGAGUGGAAACCCGGGCAGCAGCGGCAGAAGCAUGAAGGAUUACUCCGUCAACCUUUCGGUGCAGCAAGUCCUCAGCCUCUGGGUGCACGGGACCGUGCUCCAGCACUUCACAGAGAUGUGGUACUGGGUGUUCCUGUGGGCUCUCUUCUCCUCGCUGUUCGUCCACGGGGCAGUCGGGCUCCUCAUGCUCGUCAUGCUGCAGAGACACAAGCAUGGGAGGCUCAUCAGCUUCAUUCUGGUCAGCGUUGGAUUUCUGGCCUCUGUCACCGGGGGAAUGAUAACCAGUGCAGCAGUGGCGGGGGUAUACCGGGUUGCAGGCAAGAACAUGGCCCCCUUGGAAGCCUUGGUGUUUGGGGUGGGACAGACAGUGCUCGCUAUCAUCAUAUCAGUCUCAAGGAUUCUUGCCACACUUUGAAUAUUGCAGUGUGUGGAAGAAGUAGUGAAUGCAAGCAUCACCGAGGAGGUCUUCUUUUAAAAAAAAAUAAAAAUAACAAGAACAAAAUGAAGGCCUUUUGAUUUGGAACCUGCAGGAGACAGAAGAGGCCAGUAAUCCGCACUGAGUGGUUGCCUGAUCCAGGUCAAUGUUAAUUCAGUGCCACCUGGUGUUCAAACUGUUGCACUACUGCACCUUAUGUGCCUCAGUCACAGGCAAGGUGCACAAGAAACACUGUCACAGCAUCGUGAAGCCUUCUGAUAAAGCACCUUGUACAUCUAACAAUCAGGUUGAGCUUUACUGACGGAUGUGGACAUUGCCUGCUGUUGAUGACAGGUCUGUAUACACAGAAUUCAGGAACUGUUCUCUGAAUCUGUAUUCAACGUGCCAAACGUGACUUUUUAACCUGCAAAUUAAAGGAGCUAUCUUAUAAGAAAUCUCAAAUUCAAUGAAAUGCACAUGUUGAUUUAAUUCAAUAUUUUCUCUACUUGUUUGCUUAAGGGGUGUGUAAGUGUGACUGGUGUGCUUUUUUAUUUUUUUAACCCUGGAAAAAUGUUUUUUGUGCUGUGGUUUUGUGAAUAUUACCUUUUCAGUGGCGUAUACAUUAACGGUUAAAACAGAGAUCUGUAGUUGCCAUUUAUAGAUAAUGAUGAAGUAACGUGAAGAAAAUUGCUGCAUUUCCCAUGGUAAAAAAUAGUUAGCAGGUUAUGCAAACAUAAUUGUAAUGUAUUUUAAUUACAUUGUUGCUAAAUAAUUCCAUCAUCAUUCGUGAUUUCUGUGUAAUAUGCCCCUGUAACUGAAAAUAUUAGUUUAAAAAGCUAAAGGUUGUUUUCUAUGUUACAGUUUAUACAGAUCAAGUUGAAACCACUGGGGACGUAAAAACAUGUUCUAUUAGUAGUUCGAAUGGGCCCAAUCACACUGCUACGUACAUUGGUCCCCAUCAGUGGCAGUAAACAGUUGACUGUUGUUGAUGUGCUUUUCUUUAUCUCCUCAUCUGUUAUGCAACUCCAUAUUCUGUAGGUAAUAAAACAACCCACAGCAUUGCUGAUUUUAGG